AUGAUUCCCUACCCUACCCGCGACACAGAUGACUUUUCACUCACUGAUUUUCGAUCAAGGGGCAGUGGAGGCGGUCAAAAACAGGCUAAAUAUGUAGCCGAAACUGAAAUCAGUGCACCAGUCAGAAGAGAAUUAAAGCCAAAGGCUAUCGCUCAUGCUCGCAGAGAGCCUUCUUGGGGUACCCUCGAAGGCGGAACAGCGCCAGUGGAGACUAACAUAUACCUUCGCAGCCUGGCUCAUGAAAGCGACGAGCCUAACCUCGCUGCUGAACGUAAACGCUCAAAAGGAGACACUUUCGCAAUAAAUGAUGACAGUACUUUACUUGACACUGGCGAUAAAAUCGUUGCCAGACAAAAGGCGGAUGUUAGGACUGAAUGUGUACAGCAGUGGCGUUCCACUGAUGUCAUCCAUGCAAACCGUUUUCUGCCUCAAAAACGCCAGCUUCAAGUUACAAGCAAGCGUUCGGCGCCCUUGACCUUAAAGGCACCGAUGAUACAUCAAGGCGAUACCCUAAAAAAAAUUUUGUUAACGUUUGCGCUUCUAAUAACAGUUUUAACAUUUGAAAGCAUGUCGAGUAAGCUCAUUAACAUUAUCAAAGCUAGUACGGGACUAAGCUGA